AUGGAUGUCCACAUGGUUUUGGGGGGUCCAGAUAACAUUCUUUUGGCCAAAUCCUGACCGGGAAGUGCCUGUCUUAAGCAUCCCUGUGAGGACCAGGACAGAAGCUCCAGCCCAUCUGUCCUUCGCUGUGUGACCACUACGUGGAAGGAGGGUCUUCUGAACAGGAAGAGACCGUUUGUUGGAAGAUGUUGUCACUCAUGCACACCUCAGAGUCAGGAUAGGUUGUUCAAUCCCAGCAUCCCUUCACUAGGGCUUCGUAAUGUGAUUUACAUCAAUGAAACCCACACAAGACACAGAGGUUGGCUUGCGCGGAGGCUGAGUUAUGUGCUGUUUGUCUUGGAGAGAGAUGUCCAGAAGGACAUGUUUGCACGCAAUGUGGUGGAGAACGUGCUUAAUAACAGCAGGCUGGAAUGUGCUAUCGUAGAGGUUGCGAAUGAGGGUGUGCAGGAAGAUGGAGAGCCUGGAGUUGAUCUCAAAGCUGUCAGUAAAGUUCGACGGAAGGCCAGAGGAUGGCUGCAGGAGAUGGUUGCCAACAUCUCCCCGGCCUUAAUCAGAUUAACAGGAUGGGUGCUGUUGAAACUGUUCAAUGGAUUUUUCUGGAGCAUUCAGAUCCAUAAAGGUCAGCUGGAGAUGGUAAAGAAAGCAGCAUCCGAGUACAACGCUCCCCUCGUCUUCCUUCCUGUCCACAAGUCCCACAUAGAUUACCUGCUCAUCACCUUCAUCCUUUUCUGCCACAACAUCAAAGCACCACACAUCGCUGCUGGCAACAACCUCAACAUCCCCAUCUUAAGCACGCUAAUACGCAAACUCGGAGGAUUCUUCAUUCGUCGUAAAAUGGACGAGACCUCAGAUGGAAAGAAAGAUGUGUUAUACAGAUCUCUGUUACAUGCAUACACGGAAGAAUUGUUGCGGCAGCAGCAGUUUCUGGAGGUGUAUUUAGAGGGCACGCGGUCUCGCAGCGGGAAACCCUCUCCAGCACGUGCGGGCAUGCUCUCCAUCGUGGUCGAUACACUCUGUGCCAGCACCAUCCCUGAUGUUCUGAUCGUGCCCGUUGGCAUCUCUUAUGACCGCAUUAUUGAGGGGAACUACAACAGUGAGCAGCUGGGCAAGCCUAAGAAGAAUGAGAGUCUGUGGGGUAUUGCCUGUGGCGUGUUCAGGAUGCUCCGCAAGAACUACGGCUGUGUGCGUGUGGAUUUCACUCAGCCCUUCUCCCUGAAGGAAUACUUGGACACUCAGCGCAGUCGACAUCUCCAGGCCUCUCUGACGCUGGAGCAGAUUCUUCUCCCCACCAUCAUCACUACACAACCUGAUCAGGCUGUUUUUAAUGGAGAAGAUGAGAAUCAUCUGAAUUCUGACCUGUCAGACGAGCCCUGGAGGAGGCAGGUUAUUGCUGACUUGGCCAAGCACGUUCUCUUCAGCGCCAGCAAGUCUUCAGCAAUCAUGUCCACUCACAUCGUAGCCUGUCUCCUCCUGUAUCGGCACAGACAGGGUGUUCUGCUGUCCAAACUGGUGGAGGACUUCUUCAAUAUGAAGGAAGAGAUCUUGUCACGGGACUUCGACUUGGGUUUUUCUGGUAACUCGGAGGAUGUUGUCAUGCAUGCACUCAGCCUUCUGGGAAACUGUGUGAAUGUCACCAGCACCAACAAAAACACGGAGUUCAUCAUUUCUCCAAGCAACACGGUACCUGCGCUCUUUGAGCUCAAUUUUUACAGCAACGGCCUUUUCCACGUCUUCAUCGCCGAUGCCAUCAUAGCCUGCAGUGCUCUGGCCCUGCUGAGAGAGCAGACGCCAGCUUCAGCGAGUGAGCAGAAUCCUUCAUCCACGCUGCUCAGCCAGGAGAGACUGAUCCGCAGAGCUGCAGGCCUCUCCCACUUUCUGUCCAAUGAGGUGGCAGUGGCACUGCCCUGUCAGACUUUGUACCAGGUCUUCCAUGAUGCUAUUACCAGGUUAAUUGAGUAUGGUGUGCUCAUUGUAGCUGAGGAGGACCAGGAGGAGUUGAGCCCAUCUGAGGAGCCUUGGCCCAAGAAGUUUCCAGAGGCUCUUUCUUGGCGAAGUGAUGAAGAGGAUGAAGACAGUGACUUCGGAGAUGAACAAAGAGACCGUUACCUAAAGGUGAGCCCAUCAGCUGAGCACCAGGAAUUUUAUACCUUUCUGCAGAGGAUUCUCACCCCAGUGCUGGAGGCCUACAGUGGGGCAGCAAUUUUCAUACACAGCCUGACUUCACCCAUGUCUGAGAGAGAAUACACACAUCAACUUUUCAAAUAUCUGUUGACACGCACGGAGAGAGGAGUUUCUAUGUAUGGAGAGAGUGCCACACACUACCUCGUAAAGAAUACAGUGAAAACAUUUAAGGAGCUUGGGGUGCUGAAAGAACGACGAGAGGAUGGUGUGUGUCGUCUGGAGCUGAGCAGCACCUUCAUACCUCAGGCCAACAAGAACAAACUCCUACAGUAUAUACUGGGUUUUAGUUUGCUGUAAAACCUAAUACAGGCACGCGGCUCUACAGUCUACACCCACACAAGGGCUUUUUACUGGCUAGUCAUGAAUGUCAAAGGUGCUAUUCUAAGGAAAGCUUUACCUGGAAGUGCCUUCACCAAACGCCUCAUACUAGACUUAAGUUAGUCUUCCUUUAACUGUAAAACCCUCCACUUAUGCACUAUUCAGUACACAAGCAGUUCUGUUAGCUAUCGUUUACUAUAAGCUUCCAUUCACAUAAUACUGUACCGGUUUUGCCAGUGAAAGCCCUUGGUUUUGAGCUAAAUCCCAGGGGACUUUAUAGCUCUGAAUGUCAUUUAAUUUUUAACCUGGUACAUGAAUGUUACUCUUCAAUCUUCGCCUUCAUUUUUUUUUUUUACAAACACUCAUCACUGGGAUGACAGCUAGUGUAUAGAAAUCUAUAAACAACGGGCAUUUAAGUUUCUUUUUGUACUACUAGUACUGUCAGAGCAUGUUAAAGAAAGGAGUGUAAUAUGUGUAUAUAUAUUGCGUGCGAUAUUUAAAAGGUUGAGACUGUACAGUUUUUUUUUUUUUUUAGAUCUCAGUCACAGUUACUGGUGACAUGAAAGUGAAAACUCAAUCGUUUCAAAAUAUGAGCCACUGAUCAUUGAGUUGUGUAGGUUAGGUCAUGUAUUUUUACUUAGUCUUGUCACAUGGGUUCAACUGGACGUCAAUGAAGGAUAGUUACAGCUAUAAUAUUGUGUAACACAACAAAUACUAGCUACGUGUAAAGAUUUUAGCAGGCCUGGAGGAUCACGAGACGUUACAGGAAACCGAGGAGUUUGUCUUUGCGAGCACUUUUAUUCCCUCCUCAUUAAUUGGUAUAGAUAACACUUUCUAAUAACUACGCUCUAUGAAUAAUCUAUUAAGCAUUAGCAAAUAGAGAAUUCCUUAGCAUUAACUCUACAUUAAUAGACGUUAGUAAGUAGUUUAUAACUGAAGAUACAGAUGCUCUAUUCUUGACUUAUAAGCACAUUUAAAAUUUCAUACUUUGUUACUGAUUAGUUUUUAACGGCUAAAUUAAGUGUCACGUUAUUUACAAAUCAUUUGUAUUUAAGACAUUCAGAAUGAGUUAGUAAAGGAUUGAUUAAACUAUUGAAAUCAACAAUUAUAUAACAUUAUUUAGACAUUUACUAAUAGUUAAUUUGUAUGUUAAUAAAUGCUUUAUUAACUCAACUUAAUCCAAUUUUGUGAUCUGAUCUAAAGUGAGGACUAUAAGCUUUAUAAAUCAUUAAUAAAUGACUCCGUAUCAAAUGAACAAUACAUCUUUGCAAUCUUAUCUAAACAGUUAAAUUACUGUGAAGUUUAAACAAUAAUAUAAUCAUUUAACAAUGAUACAACAUUUCAGUGUUAUUUAGCGAUGUUUACACCAUUUAGUAAUUCUAUUUUAGUUCAGAUUGCAAAGAUUUAUUUGUCAUUUGAUACAGUUUCAUUUCUGCAUCUUCAAAUAGAAAUUAAUAAAGUCGCUUUUCUUUUUCCUGUUUAGAAUAGAACUGAGCCUUUAAUUGUCAUUUAUAAGGGAUUUAUAAAGCCUAAAUAGUCCUCACAUUAAAUUAGGUCACCAAACUGGAUGUUGAGUUAAAGCAUUUAUUAACAUACAAAUUAACUAUUAGUAUAUGCCUGAAUAAUAAGAUAUAUAAAUGUUCAUUUGAAUAGUUUAUUAACCAGUUACUUACACAUUCUGAAUAACCUUUAAAAACUUGCAACUUCUCUCAAUGAACUGGUUUGUAAAUGAUGCGAUAAUUAAUUUAGUAAUGAAAAAAUAAUAAUAAUUUUAAAAGUAUGAAAAUACAAUCAUCAAGCACAUUAUAUAUGUGUUUGUAAGUCAAGAAUAGAGCAUUUGUAUCUGCAGUUAUAAACUGCUUACUAACAUCUGUUAUUGUAGAGUUAAUGCUUAACAGAUAAUGAAUUCACUACUUGCUAAUGCUUAAUAGAUGGUUUAUAGUGUGUAGUUAUUAUAUAGUGUUACCUUGGUAUGUUUUAUUUUGGAGUUCAGAGCCUGAGCCUGAGUCUUCUGUACUGUGAGCGUGUGUGUGCAUGUGUGCAAUGUCUGUAGAAUGUGAAUUAAACUCUAUUUAUAAUUCUGUCUCAGCACAAAUGUAGUCAUGAGCACUUUACUUAUAAAGUGCAUUUUUUUUUUGUUUUAGAAUGAACAGAGUCCAAAUCCCGAAACUACCACAUAUGACUGAUAUUAGUGGCCAUUUAGGUAACAAUCAGCAGAAAAGGCUAGGUACUUUUAGCUGUUUGUUCUGCAUUUUUUAAUUAAAUGUAUGGUCACUUUUGUUUUUGCUGUUGGAGAAAAGCUUAUUGUUUAUCUCACCGUAGUUGAUGAUUGAUGGUUUUGUUUUUUGCUGCAUGCUAGGCAUACUGUGUGUUCUUGUAAUUACAAAAAAAAGGUCAUCAGUGUAUGUAAAGGCAAGAGUUCAGUGCUUAAUUUCACUCUCAAUGAAUUCAGAGCAUUAAAAUAAUAAUUCCCAAUAAUACAUGCUGCAAUUCACCAUGGCACACAAAAUAAUUACAGUAAAAUUCGAACAUUAAAUGAACAAACCUGGCAACUGCUGUAUUUUAAUGCAUGAUUCUUUAUUUGAUAAUAAGCUGUGAAGAGCAUUGAGUGCAUCCUGUUUAUGUCAGAGUUGAUUUUUGAAUUGGACCUUUUUAAACAACAAUGACACAUGGGAACCAUAUGUUGACAAAUGAUGCAACAUAAAAACAGAGUAACAACAUUCGAUAUUUUCAUAAGCUGUGACAUGCACAGAUUUUAAACCAGGAGAGGAAAAAUUGAAAAUGGAUUUUUAAAAGCUCAUUAUUUACCUUUUGUAUGUAAUGUUAACAAAGCUGCUAACAUAGACAUAGUCUUCAGAGGUGGGUUGUUGAAGCAUCUACUCUAGUCCAUGUAAAACUUUUUAUAAAAAUCAAAGUCACAGCAAAAUUAAUAAUAUUUAAUAAUUACUUAAGAAGGAGUCAAGUUCUCUGGGUGAAUACUAAGCAAAAUGUUACUUCUGAUUUAAUUAAAAUGGAGGAAUUCUAAAUUCUGUCAGAUUAUGUCUUAAAAAUCUGUGUCUGUUUAUAUAAAAUCUACAGAGUAGCUUUUACUCUUUGAUUUAUUCAUUUUUUUCUUUUUUUAAUCAUGGAAAUUAAGAUAUUUUAAAGUUUUAACUUAAAUGGAGAAGCAAUUUAAUAAAACAUGAUCAACGGUUUUAAGAACCGCUUUCAACAUGGGGUUUAAAUAUAUUUUGAAGUACAAUCUUUGAACUUCUUUAGAAACACUGACAUCAAGAAUAAGAGUAUGAAUCUCAACAAUAGUGACAUGCAUCAUUCUACAGAGUAGACUGGGAACAUCAUGUAAAACCAGCAUGCACUGCUGCAAGAAUUGUCACCAUUGUUGAGAUUCAUAUGCUGAUUUCCAAACUGUGUUUACAGACACACUUUAUAUGUAUUAAAAUAUUAUAGACCGGCCCAGACAGCAUCUUCUGACUUAUUUAUUUAUUUUUCUGCUAUUUCUUUGCAGAAUUUUAUAUAAAAUCUGUAGAUUUAUGCAGAAUGAUUUUGAGAAUAUAGUAACUAAAAACUCAACAAAUGAAUUAAAACAAAAGUUUUUAACUUUAGUUCAAGGUUUCGAUGCUAAUCCAAUUUAAUCCGCUUGUUUGAUAUAAUAUCUACUGAAGACAAAAAAUAAUUGUUUCCAAACUUAAUUUUACAUUAAUCCUAUAUAAAUGUGCAUAUUAUUAAAUAAUAUUAAUGAAAUUAAUAUAAAAACUCAACAUAUAUAUUUACAUAAUUAAAUUUAUUAAAUGGUGGAUUAAAAAUAUCUACACGUUAUGUUUUUUUUUUUUUCAUAGCUUUCACUCUUGGAAUGGAUUAGGGCAUAUAGGGAUAUUCAUUUCUCAUUACGGUACAACAGUUAUAAAUAGGAUAAUAGUAUAAUGGGGGAUUUUAUUGGCUUUUUGAGUCAAUCAAGAAAUGUUACAAAUCACUGCUGACCUUAUUUACCGCCUUCACACUGUAAAGGUUAAUGGAAUAGUUCCCCUAAAACUGAAAAUUGUGUCAUCAUUUACUCACCCUUCACUUGAUCCAAACCUGUAGAUGUCAAUGGUAACAGGUUUUCAACUUUCUUCAAAAUAUCUUCUUUUGUGUUCAACAGAAUAAAGAAAAUAGUGAAUACGUUUAUUUUUGGGUGAACUAUCCUAUUAAGUCUAACAUACUUUAUUGUUACGCUUUAUUAAUGCACUUCUCUAUUCUAAAAGCGGUCCAAAAAUACUUUUUUUUUUUUGCAAAUAACUAGGGGAUUUCGGUAUCCAAUGCGUACUAUUUAGCAUAACUCAUCAACAUUAGUAUCUUAUACACAAAAAUUCUAUAUAGCCUGAGUCGAGGGAGACAGAAAAUAGAUACUGUAUUUAUGUUUGUAUGUGUUCAGUGUGUAUUCUAAAUUUACAAGAACAUAAUCAGCCACAUUUCUUCCUCUGGAAAAACAGCAAUAAGACAUUUUCCAUUUAGUCAUUUACGCUCAACCCAUGUAAAGAUUGUUGAUAAUGAUUCUGAUGUGUGCUGUGAGCAAUAUUUGAAGUGUUGCUUUAAAACAGUCCCAGAAAGCAAACCUUAAGCCACUUGCAUUUCAUGUUUUCCUGUGUCUGUUUUCCUUACAAUCAUGUAUAUGUUGUUUUUAUUGAUUUUUGUACAUAGUUUACCAUGAGAUCCCACAUCUUUAUCUUGUGGGAACGAUAAGUUUACCAAAUCAAACAUGUUCAUUAUCUGGCGUUUGGUUUACCACUUAUCACAGCGCUGUAAAUCUGCAGAGAGGAAGCCAUUGUGCUGUAGUGCUUUUAGAAAUUUGCAUGUUCUCUGAGUGAUUUAGUGUGAGGUUUGUGAUGAUGAAAAGCUAACAAGGAUUAAGUUAUAGAAAUGGAAAAAUAUUUUAAAAAUAAAGCAAACUUGAACAAA